CCAACAGUUUUUUUUGCGGAAAAAUAGUAAAUUGAAAAUAUGGAGAUGAAUAAAUUUUCAACCGAGGAUAUGAAGUCAAUAUCUUUAGAUGACAUUGUUCGGGUGGAACGUCUAAUGAAAUUGCAAGAUCUUAUUGAAGAAAAUAUUGAAAUCGAUACGAAUGUGGAAGUCCGUGGAUUUGAAGAGGCGGUUGGUGCCAUCACCACCCUAUGUGAAAAAGCUAAUGAGAUAACAAAGGACUUUAAGAAGCGGUCACCUCAUCCUAUGGAACUUGUGCUGGACUGCGACCUACUGAGACGCAAUUACGAAGUAGUUGGAAAAGCUAUUAAAAACGAUUUGGGUCUUACAGACCUGAGAUUCGCCAAAGCCAUUCGAGAGCUGGUAUACAAGGAUGACGAGGAAGACUGGGAUGUAUUAUGCGACCUGGCCUGUCAGCAUAGCAGAUCGCUUUUUAUAAAUUCCAGCAUGUUACCGUUCAUAGACGUAAAGCCAAAGCAACAAGUUAAGAAAAAACGCGUCUUACGAAAGCGAAAACCUAAGGUUGCAGAGAAGCGUCCCAAUGUAAGUGACAAGCUAGACCGACCGAACAAAGUCUCGACUCUAUAUAAAAAAGUAUACGAGCAAACUAAAACGAUUUAUCAAGAUGGCAACUUUCAGCCGAUACCAUACUAUAAGUUGGUUAUCGAUCCUGAUAAUUUCAUAAACAGUGCUCAUAAUGCUCUCAUGGUGUCGUUUAUUGUGGCCGAAAAUUUGAUUUCAAUUAGAAAUGGUGCUGAUGGACUACCGGAAGUCACAGUUGUCACUAGUCCCGAUGAGGUUGCGGAGAAUAAGCCUGGACAGGCUAUAUGCCAAAUGGAUGUUCAACGUUUCGAGAAGUAUAUCAAGUAUUACAAAAUAAAGAAGCCAAUGAUAUCACGCCUCUUUGCUCUAAAAGACAAGUAAUAUUGUUCGUUACAUAAAAUGCAUAAUUUCAAUCAAUUUUUUUAGACACAAUCACUCAUUUUAUAAAAAUGUUAAAAAUGUUUUAAUAAACAGCAAUAAAAAUA